AUGGCCGUUGUUGUUAAGCGAGUAGGGGAGGUUAAGGGGUUGGUUCUCAAGAGCCCUCUUUACUGGGAAUCUAUAGAACUCCUUGCGAGAGACGAGGUUUCACGAGGCAUUUUCUACGCACUUCCAGAUGGAUCUAAGCUGCAUUAUCUAAAACGAAAGAUCGAUGCCUCCAACACGGCAGAGAAAGAGCCCGAACCCACUUAUGAGACAGGUGGUGGAAGAUGGCAAUUUGUUUAUUUCCUUGUGCCUGAAUUUGAUGUUGCGUGGAUUAUGAACUUGGCUUUGGUUUUAUAA